AAAACUACCCAAGAUGACUGUUACUUACUCCAGUAAAGUAGCAAAUGCGACCUUUUUUGGAUUUCAUAGGUUACUCCUCAAGUGGAGAGGCAGCAUCUACAAACUACUGUACAGGGAAUUCAUUGUUUUUGCUGUUCUUUACACAGCCAUAAGUUUGGUGUACAGAUUGUUACUUACAGGAGCCCAAAAACGUUACUUUGAAAAAUUAUCAAUUUACUGUGACAGAUAUGCUGAACAAAUUCCAGUAACCUUUGUGCUUGGGUUUUAUGUUACUCUGGUAGUGAACCGAUGGUGGAAUCAGUUUGUGAACCUGCCCUGGCCAGACAGGCUGAUGUUCCUCAUCUCCAGCAGUGUUCAUGGAAGUGACCAGCAUGGGCGCCUGCUCCGAAGGACUCUGAUGCGUUAUGUAAAUCUCACAUCCCUGCUCAUCUUCCGCUCUGUGAGCACAGCCGUGUACAAAAGAUUUCCAACGAUGGACCAUGUGGUUGAAGCAGGUUUUAUGACAACAGAUGAAAGGAAAUUAUUUGACCACCUCAAAUCACCUCAUCUGAAAUACUGGGUUCCAUUCAUCUGGUUUGGAAAUCUUGCAACUAAAGCCCGGGAUGAAGGUAGAAUUAGAGACAGCGUCGACCUACAAUCACUGAUGACUGAAAUGAAUCGCUAUCGCUCCUGGUGCAGUCUCUUAUUUGGCUAUGACUGGGUCGGGAUUCCACUGGUUUACACUCAGGUUGUCACUCUUGCUGUCUACACCUUCUUCUUUGCGUGCCUGAUUGGACGACAGUUUUUGGAUCCGACCAAAGGCUAUGCGGGGCAUGACUUAGAUCUUUACAUUCCAAUCUUUACUCUCCUACAGUUCUUCUUCUAUGCAGGAUGGCUCAAGGUCGCUGAGCAACUUAUCAACCCUUUCGGAGAAGAUGAUGAUGAUUUUGAAACUAACUGGUGCAUUGAUAGAAAUUUGCAGGUGUCUCUUCUAGCUGUGGAUGAGAUGCACAUGAGCUUACCCAAGAUGAAGAAGGACAUUUACUGGGAUGACUCUGCAGCUCGACCACCAUACACACUGGCUGCUGCUGACUACUGCAUUCCCUCGUUCCUAGGGUCAACAAUCCAAAUGGGGCUCUCUGGCCAUGACGACUGGCUGUGGAACUAUGAGAAACACGGCCACCGGCACUCCAUGAUGAGGAAGGUCAAGCGGUUCCUGAGCACCCACGAACACCCGGCCAGCCCCCGCCGGAGAAGCUUCGGAAGGCAGGCCAGCGACAGCUCGGUGUUCUUCCCCCUCAGUCCGGCUCGGGAUCUGCUGGACGUGCCCUCCAGAAUCCCCCAACGAGCCUCCGUGGCCCGCAAGCCAUCCCACUCCCUGCAGGGCAGCCCCAAGCUGCACGCUAGCAUGGGCGAGCUGUCCACCAUCAGGGAGACCAGCAGGACCAGCACGCUCCAGAGCCUGACCCCGCAGUCCAGCAGGAGGGCCUCCCCCACCAAAAUGCCACAGGUGCCCGAGGUCUUGAUCACAGACGCCGAAGCGCCAAGGUCCCCCCCGGAUGACCACGACUCCGAGACCUCCAUGCUAAGUCUCCAGUUUACUGGAGUGCAGCCAAGCAGGACUGGGCAGCAGGAAGACCCCCUGGGGUCACUCCUGUCCCCUUCAGAGAAGAAGGCGCUAUCCAGGGCCCCCAGUCACCAGACCCUGUCAGCCAAUAAUGAGAUAGACAUGUUCAAGUUUGAGGAAGCCCUGGAUGAUGACAGGUUCCCCAAAAGGUGGAGCCUCCCAGAGUUGGGGGAGUCCCGCCACACCUCUCUAGGAAACCUGAGUCCGGAUCCUGUAAUUCCAGGGCCGGGCCCUUUAAUCGACACCGAAACAUCCUCAGAGACCAUCGGAAUCCACCCUGGGGCUGCCCCUGCGGUCUCCCCAGAGGUGCUGUAUUUAAUAGAAAACCUGGAUACCAAGGAAACAGAUAUCCUAGAAUAUAACAAUGAGCAAAUGGAGGAAUCACCCAAAGGAUGGCCACAAAGCUCCAGGACCCAGUUCUAGCCCUGGAUCAUACUUUACCCAAGCUCAGCAUCAGUCCCCUGUUACCAUAUGAGCUGAUGAGUCUGUUUAAAAAGAAAAAAAAAAUCAUCAUGCUAUCUAAGCUCCUUAAAACUCUGAAGGGCAUUAUGAUCCUGCUUUUCUGAACACUGCAAAUAUCAAACACAUUCACAUCAUCCUUCACAAAGUGGCUUUCAUGUAAGUUUUUCAGCCCACAGAGAAUUAUCUAAGCUGAAUAUGGAAUCUUAUGUAGAUCUGUAUGACUUACAAACUCACAGACUUACAAACUCACAGCUUUGGAAAGGGCCCUGUAAGCCAAUCCCAUGGACAUAAAGGCCUAGACUCAAAGGUUCUCUAUUUCUUUCUACAUUUUGAUGUUCCCUUUCUCUUUUUCUUUAGCUAUAGACAGGAGAAGCUCACAUAAUACCUCCAAAGCCCUUUUCUACUCAAAAUUCUUCAAUUGACAAUUUCCUCCUUUUCAAAACUAUUAUUGUUUCCUAAUUCUUAAGCUUCAUUAGUUAUCAGAAAGCUUUGUUUCUCUUCAAUAUCCUUCUCUGUGUUCACUUUAUUAUUUUUUU